UCGGCAGCGCCUGCCUGCACGUAAUUUACGCACGCAGCGUUUUCACUUUGUAGAUAAGUGGUUAUUCAUUGAAUUUACGGAAUAGCGUGGACCAAGAAAAGGGAGGCGUAAUUAAGUCAAAUAUUUACACUGCAUAUUUCUUAACUUAUUUGUACUGAUACUACACCAAUCAUGGCUAUGGCCCUGCAACGAAAAACAAAUGUGCGUCUGCCGCCUGAAGUGAACAGGGUCCUCUAUGUCAGAAACCUGCCCUACAAGAUCACUGCUGAGGAGAUGUAUGACAUCUUUGGAAAGUUUGGUGCCAUCAGACAGAUCAGAGUCGGUAACACUCCGGAGACACGAGGCACGGCAUUCGUCGUCUACGAGGACAUCUUUGACGCCAAGAACGCGUGCGACCACCUGUCGGGCUUCAACGUCUGUAACCGGUACCUGGUGGUACUCUAUUAUCAGCCGAACAAGGCCUUCAAGAAGCUGGACGCUGACAAAAAGAAGGAGGAGCUGGACAAGAUGAAGGCCAAGUACAAUUUGAACGAGGAGAAGUGACCGCUCCUGCUGCUGGGUCGGGGUUACUGGGAAUUGUCUCGCUGCUCGCCGGAGCAGUGUGUAAUCAUGUUCGCCGUGUACAUUUUGUCGCAAACGUCAUGUCCGUGAGGCGACGUUCUUCCGACGUCGCACGUAACGUAUCGCCUCAUGUCAGACAGUAUCUCACCUCAGACGUGAUCUGUAAUACAUCAUCGAUCGAGGACACCUUUA